AUGACUCUCUCUCUCUUUGUUUUCUAUCUCUCUUUUUUGUCCUAUACUAGUUAUUCUCUUUUUCUCUCUUUCUCUCGCUUUCUUUAUCUCUUUCACUCACGAUUCAUCACUCUUGGUUCUUUCUUCGAUUUAUCUCUGUCGAGCUUCCCUUUUUCUCCUUCACUAGAUUUUCCCCAUUCUUUCUCUCUCUCUCUCACUAGAUGCAUCCUCUCUCUCUCUCUCUCUCUCUGUCGCUCUGGUUUACCUCUCUGUUUCUUAUCUCUUUUAAUUCUCUCUCUCUCUCUCUCUCUCUGUUCUCCUCUUUUUAUUUCUCUUUCUCUUUGGUUGCUCUCUUCCUUUCUAUUUAUUUCUCAUUUGGCUCUCUCUCUCUUUCUCUCUCCCCCCUCUCUCUCUCUAGCACGUCUCUCUAGCUUCACUUGUAUUUUCUUGUUUAUCUUGCAUCUCUUUCAUUUUCUGCUUCUUUAUCGCUGCCUCCCCCUCUCUUUCUUUCGAUUUGCUUUAUUCUCUACACUCUACUGUCGUCUGUCUUCUACAUUCUCUUCUCAUAUACCACAGUCUCUCUCUCUCUCUCUCUGUUUUUGCCUUUCUCUCCAAUCAGCUGCUUCUCUCCCUUUACUCUCUGCUGUUCUUUUUUCUACCUUCGAUCACUCGUCCUUAUGCUUUUUCUCUGAAUACAUUUUCUCUCUUUUCACCGAUUUCCCUCUAUCUCCCUCCUUCUUUCUUUCUUUUUUUCUUUCUUUCUUUUUCCUUUCUUUCUCUGCUAUCAUCUUCCUCUCGUCUUUUUCUCUUACCUACAACUAUCUAUAUUUCUUUCUUCCUCUCUCUCCCCCCCUCUCUCUCUAUCGAUUUAUCUUUGUUUUAUUUUUCUCUCUUCUAUACUCUCUUUCACGCUGCAUUCUUCUCACUCUCUUUGCUAUGUUAUCUCUUAUCUUUUUGUCUUCUACUCUCAUAUUUUUUUUUAUCUCGCUUUACUCAUUUGGGAUUUCAUUUUCCCUCCUAUUCUUUCAACCAUCGCCUACUUGUUUCCUUAUCUCUAAUUCCUUUUGUCUUUUAAUAUCUUGUAUAUUUAACUCGACCUCUCUUUAUUUAUUUUUUACCAUUCUCCCCCUCACCAACUGCACCUACUUCUCACUGCCUCAUUGUCUCUCUCUUAUUCUUUGA